CUGACCGCUCCAGUCGCAUACGCGACAACAGCACACAUUUAUUCCUUGCGUAAGUGGAUAAAAUGCCAAACAAGGCACAAGAGGAUGCUGUGAUCAAUAUGAAAUCUGUGCAGGAGAUUGCCAAGCAGUUAGGGUUCGAGUGGACCGUCCUAGCAUUUGAACUGGGAUUCACCAGAAAUGAAGUCAGACAGUUUCAUGCCACAUCCAAAGAAAAGAGGGUUCAGGCUCAAAGAAUGCUGGAAUCAUGGUAUGAGCGUUCCUGGGACAAACCGAACAAAACCAAGCUUCUGCAGGACGGUCUUGAGCGGGCGGGCCGUCGUGAUCUAGCUGAGAGACUGCGCUGCUUGCAUUGGGGUCACCAGAAGCUCAGCCGCAGAGUCGAGCUGCCCUCUGCCUUCCCCUUCAUCAUUACUGUCCACAAGACCAUAGACAACAAGGACGCCUUGAGCAGGAUUAAUGUGCUCAAUCGCAGUUAUAACUAAGACCAUUUUGCAAAGAAAAAUGAUGUGAGCUAAAAGUCUGAUUGAUGCUGAAAAUGCUGUUCUAAACUUUCUUUAUUUUUCAUUACAACCUGAAUGCUUGUAGUUUAGUUAAAAUCUUUAAAAUAUAGUUUUCAUAUUAGCUAAGUGCAUUUUUAUACAUUUUAAUUAGAAUACAUUUUCAUUUCAUUGUAAUUAAGAUGUUAAUUAACUGAAAACAUUACAUUCAAUUCAGAUGAUUUCCAUGAUAAUGUUAAUUCAUCAUGUUAAUUUUAUCCAGCAUGAUUUGAGAAUUAUCCAGAUUUUCAAUGUGGCCUUAGACUUUUAGAUCCCAGUGUACAUAGAAGAAUAUUCAAUAGUAUUCAGUAGUUUUAUAUAUUCUAUACGUUUUUACACACCUCAUGAAACCAUUCUUCUUGUAACUAAUUAUUCAAUUGCAUGAAUCAAAUUCUGUUUAUUUUUCUAUCAUUCAAUCAAACUCUCAUACAAUAUGUUUACAUUCACAAUGCAUUUACUUAUGUUUCGGUGUUUCGAUAAUAAAAAAAGGUCCACUUGAAA